UUCUCCGGUGCCGGGUGGGCAGAACCAGCGGGUGCUGAUUACGGGCGACGCUGUUCCGCUGCUGCUUUCUCCUCGCCUCCCCCUCCCUGUCUCCCGCCCUCCCCUUGCAGAGUAGCGGGACCGGCCUUGAUGUAGGGACACCACCCUCCGCCUCUCUCCGCCCUAGCUCGGGACUCCGGCUCACCGCAGCCCGCUGCGCGCCCGCGUCUCCACCCUGCCAGCCGCGCUCUGCUCCCAGCCCAUUGUAUCCUCCCCAUCCCCGGGCUCAGACUCCGAGGCCAGGCCGUGGCGGGAAGAUCGGGGACCUCUGUGCAUCCCUCCAGCCGGUCCCGCGAGUCGGGGCCCCUCCCCCGCUUGCCGUCCUCGCAACGGUGCGGUAGCUGCGAGGGCGCCCUGCCCUUUCUGCUAAGGCUGAGACGGCCGACUGGCGGGCAGCAGGGACGUACCCCCCCCAGCCCCAGCGGCGAGCACCCCCCCCACACACCCGUCCCCUUCCUGGGGGAAGGAGAGCCGAAGCCCGAGCGAGCCGAGGCAGGAAAAGGCAGCCGUGGACUGCCCGGCUCGCAGAUCAUUUUUAUUAUCGAGAUCAUUAUUAAAAGGGGGCGGGGAGCCCAGGAUGCGGGGGAGGGGGCUAGAGACGCAGCUAUUUUUAUUAAACAGAUUAUUCCUGAAAUAAUAAUACGCGCAAGAUGGCUGAAGGUGGCUGUGAUGAGAGUGUUGGGGGGUUUUUUCUUCCUUUUUUUGAUCUGAGGAUAAAGCUCUGAGACGACAGCCGCUGCGGAGACCCUGCCCGGAGUGCCCUCCCCAGAUGAGAAGCAGCGGGCGGACAAACGGACCUACCGACGGAGCAACUGGCGCGGGCCCGCCCCGGACGCGUCGCCUGGGCAGCAGCCGGGGGCCGCGGGCGCUCGCCUUUCUCCGACUUCUUCCAAUUCUAAUCUUUUUUUAUAUUUUGGAAAGAACCGGGAGCCGGGGCGCCCGCCCAGCGCGGAGACGGAGAGCGGGGUCUCUCGCGGCGGGGGCGCCCGGCGCCGGGCCUCGGGGGAGCGCAGAAGUAGCGACGAGGGGGUCAGGCCGGAGCACCGACGGGGCUUCUUCUCCCUCCCUUUCUGGUUAGCUUUUUUUUUCCACUUCUCUCCCUCCCCCUUCCGUUUCUAUUUGUGAAGGGAGGAGGAAGGCAGAGGCGGGCUGGUGUCUCUGGCCGGGGACUGGAAUUUCAUCUGAAUGACUGCCCCUGCACUCACGCAGUGCCCCGGAGUCGGCCCGCCUGCGCCCCGCAGCCCGCACCCGCAGACGGCCGGCCAGCCGGGGGGCGCCCGCGCCGCGGCCCGGGGACCGGCUUGCCUCUCCCGCCUGGUCCGGAUCUAGCAGUCCUUGGCGCGGCCGCACUCGCUUCUCCGGCCUCUCCGACCCUGGACGAGGCGAGGGAGGCGCAGCGCCGGCGAGCCAGGAGAGAGCCACCAUUGCCGCUGCCGUCGCUGGAAGAAGUGUGCGGCUCCCGGGCUCUGUCCGCCUUGGGGCGCGCCCCAAUGUCAGCCUCGGGGCCGAGUGCAGGCCGUGGGCCGCCGCUGCCCUAGCCGCGCCGACCGGGAGGCGGCCUCUUAUAUGGAAUUUGGACCCCGGCACUCCCCUCCAGGGCUGGUGCCCCGGCCGCGGCCCUGGCGCAGUCCGCCGUCUCCCGCUAGGCGCUCGGGAGGAGGAGGAGGAGACGCAGCCGGCUGCGCGCGCUGCGUGAGGACCGAGGCUCCCUCCUCUGGGGGGCGGGCGCGCGGAAGGCGCUGGUGACUGAGCGACUCUCGGGGCCGCCGGGGCCCGGAGCUCGGGGCUUGGUGGGCCUGUAGUGGCACCGGACGGACCCCCAGGGUUGGGGAGUUGGGGAGACCUGCCCGGGCUCCCUGCCCGCAGCCGCUAUGGCGGAGAAUUGGAAGAACUGCUUCGAGGAGGAGCUCAUCUGCCCCAUCUGCCUCCAUGUCUUCGUGGAGCCGGUGCAAUUGCCGUGCAAACACAACUUCUGUCGGGGCUGCAUUGGCGAGGCGUGGGCCAAGGACAGCGGCCUGGUGCGCUGCCCAGAGUGCAACCAGGCCUACAACCAGAAGCCGGGCCUGGAGAAGAACCUGAAGCUCACCAACAUCGUGGAGAAGUUCAACGCCCUGCACGUGGAGAAGCCGCCGGCGGCGCUGCACUGCGUGUUCUGCCGCCGUGGCCCCCCGCUGCCGGCGCAGAAGGUCUGCCUGCGCUGCGAGGCUCCCUGCUGCCAGUCCCACGUGCAGACGCACCUGCAGCAGCCCUCCACCGCCCGCGGGCACCUCCUGGUGGAGGCGGACGACGUGCGGGCCUGGAGCUGCCCGCAACACAACGCCUACCGCCUUUACCACUGCGAGGCCGAGCAGGUGGCCGUGUGCCAAUACUGCUGCUACUACAGCGGUGCGCAUCAGGGACACUCGGUGUGCGACGUGGAGAUCCGGAGGAAUGAGAUCCGGAAGAUGCUGAUGAAGCAGCAGGACCGGCUGGAGGAGCGAGAGCAGGACAUUGAGGACCAACUGUACAAACUCGAGUCAGACAAGCGCCUGGUGGAGGAGAAGGUGAGCCAGCUGAAGGAGGAAGUGCGGCUGCAGUACGAGAAGCUGCACCAGCUGCUGGAUGAGGACCUGCGGCAGACGGUGGAGGUCCUGGACAAGGCCCAGGCCAAGUUCUGCAGCGAGAAUGCAGCGCAGGCGCUGCAUCUCGGGGAGCGCAUGCAGGAGGCCAAGAAGCUGCUGGGCUCCCUGCAGCUGCUCUUCGACAAGACGGAGGACGUCAGCUUCAUGAAGAACACCAAGUCGGUGAAAAUUCUAAUGGACAGGACCCAGACCUGCACAGGCAGCAGCCUUUCUCCCCCUAAGAUCGGCCACUUGAACUCCAAGCUCUUCCUGAACGAGGUGGCCAAGAAGGAGAAGCAGCUACGGAAGAUGCUAGAAGGCCCCUUCAGCACACCGGUGCCCUUCCUGCAGAGCGUCCCCCUGUACCCUUGUGGUGUGAGCAGCUCUGGGGCGGAAAAGCGCAAGCACUCGACGGCCUUCCCUGAGGCCAGUUUCCUAGAGACGUCGUCGGGCCCCGUGGGCAGCCAGUAUGGGGCAGCGAGCACAGCCAGCGGCGAGGGCCAGUCAGGGCAGCCCCUGGGCCCCUGCAGCUCCACGCAGCACUUGGUGGCCCUGCCGGGCGGCGCCCAACCAGUGCACUCAAGUCCUGUGUUCCCCCCAUCGCAGUAUCCCAAUGGCUCCGCCGCCCAGCAGCCCAUGCUCCCCCAGUAUGGGGGCCGCAAGAUUCUCGUCUGUUCUGUGGACAACUGUUACUGUUCUUCCGUGGCCAACCAUGGCGGCCACCAGCCCUACCCCCGCUCCGGCCACUUCCCCUGGACAGUGCCCUCACAGGAGUACUCACACGCGCUCCCGCCCACACCUUCCGUCCCCCAGUCCCUUCCCAGCCUGGCGGUCAGAGACUGGCUCGACGCCUCCCAGCAGCCUGGCCACCAGGAUUUCUACAGGGUGUACGGGCAGCCGUCCACCAAACACUACGUGACGAGCUAACGCUACGCGGGCGGUGGGGCGCUGGGGAGUCUCCCCCCUCAGCCCCCAGUGGCUCGGGAAUGACGCAUCCAGAGACCUGCCCUUCUACCUUCCUGUCCUCCCUCCCUUCCUCCUUCAUUUCCCCAAGUCUUUUCCUUUUGGAUUUUGUUUUGUUUGGGGCUUGUUUUGAUUUUUUUUUAUUACGAAUCUCCUGGACUCUGAGGUGACAGUGGGAGCUGGCCUGGGCCGGGGCUGCAGGUGGCUCUGGAGUUGGGAAAGCGUCUACCUCAAGGCGCUGAGCUCUCUCUCUGUCUCUCCUUUUUUCUUCCACUCCUUCCCCUACCCACCCCCGUGGCUGGAAGGAGCCUCAGCUUCCCCUAAAGCCUUGGGGGUAGCGGCAGUUUCCAACCCUCCUCAGCCAGCCCUGGGAGGAGGGACCAGUGCCCACUGGCCUGCUUCUCCUCUUCUUUUUCUUUUGGGCAGUUUGAUCACUGACUAAAUAAGGAAUGACCUGUAGAUUGUGGGGCUUUUUUUUUUUUUUUUAAUUUUUUUUAAAACCAAGAAUGAUUUCUCCUGCUUCCUUCUCACCAUCCUCCCAGACGGAGUUCAAGGGCCACUUCUCAAGCAGCUUUUGGCACCUUCAGCCUCAGAAUGGAAUCUUAAAGACAGGAACCCCCAUGUCCAGGAAAGGGGAAAGGAACCUUGCCAAUGAUAGUGACCACAGCAGAAGCAAAUAAUAAUAAUAUUAAUAAUAAUAAAGAGAAAUAAAAGAAAUAAUAAAAAAAAAACCAUAGCACAGCCCUUGUUGAGGUCAGCGGGAGAGGAGGGGCUGCCGGGAGUUGGGUCCUUGCCUGGAUUUUGACACAGCGACUUCCUGUAGUGAGCACUUUGUAUGAAUCGUGGACUUCCUGUUCUCAAGGCGCAGGUAUUUAUUCUGUAAUCUGUCUAGAGCACACACCGAAAUCCAACCUUCUAAUAAACAUAAUGGCGCAGUCCCA